GGUACAUAGGAUACUAACUGACUAACACCGAAAGCAGAAUCAUUAUCAUUAGUGAGACAGCUGGACAGUUAGAUAUUGCACACUGAUAAUACACUAACGCUAGCCACACCCACAAAGCAAAACAAAAACAAUGGUAGCCACUAGGUUGCUUCGUACUUCUAGACCUUUGGGUCUUCAUCUUCCUUCUUCUUCUUCUUCCUCGUAUUGUAGUUUGAAAAACCCGACAUUGUCUUCGACAAUUACAAAUCGAAGCAAAGGAGGGGAGAACAAAGAGAAAAGACUUGGCGGAGGUGGUGUCGGUGAGAAGAAACCGUUGGCAGCUGUGAUGGCAGUGGCGACCACUACCGAACGAGUUAUUAUUUCAGAACCGCAAACCAAUAUUGGAGGAGUGGGUUUAGCAUCAGAUCUAGUGAUAAAGAUAGCUAAUAUGGCUCUUUUGAUGUUAAAAAUGGCUACCAAACAAAGGCCAUGGAGGUUGCACGCACAAAUGUUUAUUGAAAGGACAAUAGUUGACUGCCGAUUCUUUACAUUGUUUGCUAUUGUGAGAUCAUUACUUGGCUCAGUCUUGUGCUUUCUGAAGGUCUCACAGUCAUGUGAAACAUUUCUCAAUCUACUUCGCCCUCGUAAAGGAUGGAACCCCACAUCACACCGUGCCCAGCAUAGUGUUGUGAGAAGGGAGUAG